UAUUCCACAGGUGAUCAGAUCAAAAAAGGUGUUUUUGACAAGCACAAAUUAUUUUAUCUCCUGAACGUAUGAGUAACCUUAUUAUUUUUUGGACAUGUGGUUUGUAUAAACCAAACUUAUAUGUAGAGCGAUAUAGCAGAUAGAGUUGUAUUACAUUACACAUCCAAUCUUAUUUUCUUUAAUACACACUGAAUAACGUUUUUUUGCCUAAUUUUUCAGCUGCAUAUUUAGUUUAGCAUGUCAAGUGAUACACAUUAUUAUAGCAGGACUCUUCAUAGCCAUCCUUGUUUAUUUCACAGUCUACGUUUACAAGCUUGCAACGACAUCCUGAUUGAAUGGCGUUAAUAAUAAUAUGUUAUUAAAAUACAUUUAAGCAUAAUAUUUCGUUAUGUACAUAAACUUACGCAAGGUAUACGAUGAAAUGGAAUAACGUACUAGGUAAGUAUAGGUUAGUAACAUGAGAAUUAAAUCAAAAUCUUAUGCCAUUAACUCUGGCACUCAUAAUAAUCUAUGCUUAAUUAAAAUUGAAAACUUGUGUUCCGAUUUUAUCAUCGCUUAAUGAAAUAUAUUGCUUUUAGAAUUAAUAUUAUUACGGAUUGCUUUGUUUAUGAAUUCCAUAGUAAAGUUUAGUUUCAUUUGUAUUGCUGUCAAUCGCAUACUGUUACACGGCGUCAUGAAACGUUCUAUACCAUCCAGCUGUUUUUCUGUUAUUAUAACAAGAUUAAAUAAAAUAAACGUGCCACACAAAUUCUCUAUGGCUAUUGCAGUGAAACCUUUCACGUAUCUCAUAUCUAUAUUUGGAAUGAAAAUGAUUGAAUAUUCCAACGAUGAAAUUAUCAAAGUUAAAGCAUUCAGCAAACUAUAUUCUGUGUCUUUUGUGGCGGCCAUCAUCUCUCUUACAAUAUUUGUUAAGCCAGUGAGUUGGAAAUAUACGCAACUGGAUAUUCCUUUGAACAUUCUAACAAAAAGUUAUGGGAUACUUCAUACUGCUGAGGCGCUUUACUCAGUUUUAAUUGUAUCCUUUGCAAAUAGUCAGAACUAUGUUGAAAUGUUUGGUGUUCUUAGCAAAGUUGACUGGCACUUUGGCACAUCUAAGAAGAUGUUUCUGACCAGGAGAAUCAUGGGUGUGUGUUUACUAAUAUUGCCAAUCGUACAGGUGUUGUCCACGUGUUACUUGAGAAAAUUUAAUAUUCGUAACUUUGGUGCCCAUUUGUCUUUCUUUCUAAUAAUGUUGCAAGGGUCAAUAAUAUUGCUUUUCAUUGUGAACAUAUUUAUGAAGCACUUCGUAUUAAACAAUUUGCUGCUGAAGAAAACUUCUGGGGCUAUCUCUGAGCAUAAGAAGAUUCUAUUUGAGAGAUCAUUUGUAAGCAGUGUGUUCAAAAGCAUGCUACGAGAACCUGUGAUAGUUGAAAACUCUAAAAAACAAUAUUGCUGGUUUGAACUCAUGCAGAUAUACGACAAAGUUGCUGACUGUGUCUACUUAUUCAACAAAAUCUAUUCUGGACAGGUUUUUUUGAUGUUCACCUCUUGGGUCAUUUGCACCCUGUUGAUCAUUUGCAGAAUGUUAUCGCCAACAGUAAAUUUUUCAGAAGUAAUUUUUAGUGACAUCUUCAUGUACACUUCUAUCAAUGGACGUCCCAUAUUCAUGACGAAGAUGUGUGAAUUAUUUAUAGAGGAAAGAAAGAAAACAUUGGAAAUUCUAAUAAAUUAUUUAGUCCAUGGGAAUUUAGACGAAGCUUAUAGAGAUCAAGUGCUAACAAUGAUAGACCUGGUAGAGACGAGGAAACUAGAAAUAACUGCAAAUGUGUUCACAGUAAACGCGCCUAUAGUCCUCGGCUUCUGUGGACAGACGAUCUCGUACGCCGUCAUCAUGAUACAGUAUUUUUACUUGUACGUGUUCGCAGAAUGAUGUAUGUAAACGUAGUAGUAAUGAAUAAAUACUUCGAUUGGUU